CAAAUAACUGGUGAUACCACUAAUUCUUUACAAAAUAAACCUUACAUUGCUAGAAAUGCUACCAAUUUUAAAAUCAAAAUCAAAUCACGUGAUUUUCUUUAAAAUUGAAAAAGUCGUGUAAGCAUUUCAAAGUUUGAUUUUUUUUUUUCAUUUCCAAAAGGAUGAAGAUAUUAUUUUUCAUCUACAAUCUCUGAUCUAACAACCUAUUGAAAACUACAUAAACAAUAAUAUCUUCAUAAUGCUGGCCGCUUCUAGUUGUUCUAUGUUCAAGAACCUGCCAUCUUCCAAAAUAUUGAAACAAAUAUAUAGAUUGAAUCUUAUUGCUGGAAAUCCUGAAAAUGCAUACAAAUUAAAUCCUGAAAAAUAUUCCAAGAUUGAAUUAUUCUUAAUUCAAAAGAACGUUCAUGCUCAAUCUGUUGGUUUAAAGAAAUUCUGGAAGGAUUUCUUACCUACCCUUAAGUUCCAUAAUGAUGAUAUCGACUUCAUAAUGACAAGAAUAAAAGUUAAUAAUAAAGCUGAAGCAGCUGCAUGUCCUGCUAAAAUCUUAGUUCAUGGUAAAGAUCAAAAGGAUAACGUCGAAAUUGAUUGUGCUAAUUUACAUUCUUCAAAGAUUUUAAGACAAUUAGUUACCAAAACUGGUGCUGUUAAUAUACCUCUUGAAGAAAUCCCUCGUAUAAGGGAUCCAAAUGAACAAAAACCAGAAUGGAUCUCAUAAGUCUUUCCCUACAUUUCAUAAAUUUUACAGACGAUUAAAAAAAUUAAUUUAAUGAUUAUAUUCAUUACAUUACUUGUACAUAUAUAUAAAUAGU